AUGGAAUAUAUAGUGAAGGCAUCAGAUUCUAUCGAACGGAUUGCUGCAGUGCAUGAUUGUACUGUCGGCGAACUCAUGAAGAUGAAUCGUUUAGGAACACGAAUGGUUUUUCCUGGACAGAAGCUUAUUGUUCCACUUCCGAUGAAUGAUGAAGGAACAUUUGAUAACAGUUCUGCUACUUCUCAGCUAAUAGACCAUGCUAAGACAGGUAAUCAAGUCAGUGUACAUAUUAUUUCAAACGGAACAGUAACAGGUACUUUGAUAAUAACACCAAAUGCUUUAAUGUUUGAUCCAGACGUUGUUCAUCCACUAGUAAUGGAGAAUGGACAGGAUUUGUAUAUUGUAAUGGUUAGGUUGGUUAAUAAUAUUUUUUCACUUAGGAAGAAACUAAUCCAUUUUGUUGAUUUUAUUUAUCAUAAGCUUUUACAGAAUUUUCACGCCAAUACAAUUCGUGGCUCGGUAACGUGGGGUGCGGAGCGAAUGACACAAUCAGCAGUUAGCGGUACGAAAUCAGUUGCACAGGGAGUAGUAUCUCAAAGCAAAGCACAAGAGAAUAUAUUAAUUUUGAAAAGUAUGUAUUUGUGUGUUUAUAAUGAUUGUUCUAUUUGUUUCAUAUUGGUGUGUGCAACAUCUUUGGACGAAAUGCCUAAUUUAUUCAGGCCGAUACACGAAUUACUUUCCACAACCCAGAUAUCUUCUACUUUACAAAAAAGCACUACAGUUGAAUCACCUUUUUACCUGUCAGUUCAUCUGCACAAAAAAAAGAAAUGCGACGAAAAGCUUUCACCUCUAAAUGAAGAUGUAGUAGUGGGUUAUCCGGCUCGCACGAAAUUCUGGUUUACAGUUCCUAAAGAGAAGGUUGAUGCUAUUUAUCAGUUUUUGCUGCUGUGGAAUCCGGAAAAAUUUGUUGUAAGUUUUGGAUUGUGGGUUUUUAUCAACUUUUUGUCACGGAUAAAUAAUGUUUUUUCUUGUGAUAAUCUGUCAGAUAAUGGAUUCAUGCUCAUCACGAGCAUAGGAGUAAUAUGA